CACACCUAAGACACAACCUGUCUGCCAUUAAGCAGCAGCUUCAAGGGCACAGCCAGCCAAAGGGGAGGAGGGCUCCUACACCUUCCGCUCCCCACGACACAUCAGCACUUGGCACAGGGGAGUCUCCAUAGCACGCUCACAAAUACACAGUCCAAGACUUGAAUCCCAAGUUGCAGCAGAGAGAGGAGGGGAGGGCGGUUAUCUAAGGCUCUCAGAACCCCCAUGUGCCUAGUUGGAUCAUGGAGCUGCACUGUCUUCCUAUUGAGACCCCAACCACAGCCAGCUCCUGCUCCACGGACCCCCUGUACGACAACUGCCCACCUUUUGCCCAGCGAGGGAGGGCCAGGGCAAAGGAAAUGGAGAGUAGGGUUGUAUGUCCGGCUGUAACCAGACUCUCAGGCCCCUGCAACCCUCUGCCUGGUCUGGCCCCAGCUGUGGCUGAGGUUCACACACUGGUCGGUGGGGGAAGAGGGACUGGCGCCUGGCCAGAUCACAGCUACUGCAGCUGGAGAGGAGGCUUGGGAAGACAGGGCUGGGAAGCAGAGCUGGGUCCAGGCAUAAACAGAGCAAGAGGAGGAGAUCAGGGAGGAAGCUGGGAGAGAGCUCAUCAGAACCAGAGCCCCAAUCCAUCACAGAGCGAGGAGCACAGGAGUGCUCUCUCUCUGUAUGAUAACCUCCCCGACGCUGUCACCCCCGAAAGCCUCCAACAGGUCUUUGACAUGGAAACAAGCUUCCAGGAGCAGAUGUACCGAGCCUGGGCCCCCGAGCAGAUGCAGGGACUGAUGGACGGCGAGGGACUUAGUGAAGACAAGAGCGCCUGGUCCUCCUGUGAGAUCAUCCUCGCUGAAAGUAACCAGGACCAGAACCCAGAUGAAGACAAGAAGCAUGAACAGGAGCCAGAGCUGGACUCAGGAUCAUGUGGAUUUAAUCAGGGGGAGCCGAUGCUGCAACUCCAGCUCCCGAUGUCACCUCCUCAACAACGUCUUACAGCAAGUUCCCCUCAGCAGUGCCAGGUCCUGUGGCCCCCAGCUGAAGCCCAGCAGCCAUCCUGGUCUCCCAGGGUGCCCCCUCCUGUACCCCUGGCAGACCCCUCCGCCAGUGCCCUUCGCAGCAUUCUCACGAGCCUCCAACAGCAAAUAGUCAGGCAGAGGGAGGAGUAUGAGGCACGAAUACUCAGCCUAGAGCAAAAAAAUGAAGAGCUGCAAGGAGAGGUCGUUCGGUUGAAAACAAACCUCGCACAGCAGCGGCACUGGUACCAGGCUGUCCAGGAUAAGAUUGCAGAGUCUGAAAGGACCCGGGCCGCCGCAGAACUACGCAAUGCAACUUUGCAGAAGGAGAUGGACCAGUUCUUUGACACCUUCGGAGAGCUCAACAAUGAGGCCAAGAAGACAGAGUAUAUCGUCAAGAGCUUUUGAGGAAAUAAUAUAUAUAUAUAUAUAUGAAUUGUGUGUGAAAAGGACAAAAGGACAGCUAGUCUUUAAACUCUAGUUAGGAUCAUGUAUAGUAGUUUGUCACGAUCUGUCAUCGCUAAACAUUUCCUUCCCUAAUUGGGAAAGCUUUAAGUGAUGUGCAGUUAUUAAGAAUGUGAGAAAUAUACAAAACAUCACUUGAGAGAAAAUGGAUCACUGAUGUCCACUUUAUUAGUUACGUAAGGGCAAAAGAUGUUGGCCAGGUGAUUAUAUUGUGGUCAUUGCAAUCACACAGGACAUCUCUGACAAUAAAAGGUGAAAUAAACUGAACAAAAAUGUGAGAUGCACAGUGUAUACAAUGGAGACUUUUUUCUUUUCUUUUUUAACAUGGUAAAGAAGUCAUUAGCAAUGUAAUGCUCAGUCCUUAUCUCAUAAGAUUUGAGUGAAUAGGCCACACCUCAGGUCAUUUAAGGCAUGACUGAAAGAAUAAUCAUGUUUUUCUUUUAUAAAGGAAAAUAUAGCGUACAACAGUUAAGUCCUCGGUGACUCCAUAGUGUUACAUUUCUGCAUGUCCAUCACACUGUGCUAUCAGUUCUGCAAGAAGCAGCUCCACUGUCCAUUUCUCUCAUCUUUAACUUUCCAUCUUCAGUUCCAUGGUCCAGAUUUUCAUUUAGGACUCCACAGACGCAUCCUCAUUUUAAACCACCGCAUGUCUGCUUUCUGUUGAGGGGCCGACUUCCUCCAUAGACUUUGCCCUUACAACCAGGCGACUGCCGUCUUUAAGAACCAUUCAAAGGAGAUAAUGAAGGAGAGCGCUGCAGAAGAUUUUCAUAAUACAAACACACAUAAAGG